CUGAGGCGCCGCCUCACACCGCCUCACUCACCACUGCUGCUCGCACCUCAGCCCUCACUCGCUCUCUCACUCUCGCUCAUCGUUAUGGCUAACCAAAGGAAAUUCUUCGUGGGUGGCAACUGGAAGAUGAACGGGGACAGGGCGGGUAUUGACUCCAUCAUCAGCUUCAUGAAGGGUCCUCUGAGCGCCGACACCGAGGUGGUGGUUGGCUGCCCACAGUGCUACCUCAUGUACACACGGGAACACCUCCCCUCUAAUAUUGGCGUUGCUGCUCAGAACUGCUAUAAGGUUGCAAAGGGAGCCUUCACAGGAGAGAUCUCCCCAUCAAUGAUCAAGGAUUGUGGCUGUGAAUGGGUUAUACUUGGACACUCUGAGCGCAGGAACGUCUUCAAUGAACCUGACACUCUCAUCAGUGAGAAAGUGGGUCAUGCACUCGAGGCUGGGCUGAAGGUGAUACCAUGCAUUGGCGAGAAACUUGAGGAGCGUGAGAGCAACCGCACAGAGGAGGUCGUUUUUGCCCAGAUGAAGGCCCUAGUGCCUAACAUCUCUGACUGGUCUCGUGUUGUCAUUGCCUAUGAGCCUGUGUGGGCCAUUGGCACUGGCAAGACUGCUACUCCAGAACAAGCCCAGGAAGUCCAUGCUAAGCUGCGUCAGUGGCUUCGCGAUAAUGUUAAUGCAGAGGUUGCCGACUCUACCCGCAUCAUCUAUGGAGGGUCAGUCACUCCUGGAAACUGCAAAGAAUUGGCCAAAACAGGAGAUAUUGAUGGGUUCCUAGUGGGUGGGGCAUCUCUCAAGCCAGACUUUGUCCAGAUCAUAAAUGCUAGAGAUUAGGCUAUUGUAUAUUUACAUUUACAGAACAAGAUUGAAUUUUUGUUUCUUUGGUCUAGGGAUGCCCUUCCUAAAGUGCUUAGAUGUUUUGAAGCGUCGUGCAUUCUUCUGUUCAAAGUUCCUAAUACUUUAGAGAUGAGUGUCCAAUUCAAGAUAAGUUGUAAUUGUUUAAAUUCUCUUACAUAAAAUUUAAUCUUCUUAAUUUAAAUCUUCUAAUUUAAUCUUAAUUUAAUAUACAUAUUUAUGAUCUCUUAUAUAUGCCAAGACAAGCAAAUUAUGGAAAUAAGGUCAAAGCCCCUCAGCCUAGUUAGACAAUGUUGGUACAGGUAGUGUCACCAAUGGUUACCUGGUAUUAUAUUUGAUCUUUGCUGAAAAGACAUGGCUAAUGAUGACUAAUUUAAGAAACUAGCUAUGUAAACAUUAUCACUUGUAUUAGGAUGCUAAUGGAAGCUACCCAUGCUUUCUUUGCUUAAUCAGGUUUUAUGGAAUAUCUUGUGCACUGUAAUUCCAUAGUAGUGAAUGAAAUCAGGCAAAUGCUGUAGUUCCCUUGUACCCAUCGUGUCUGAAAAACUAAGCCAAAUUAAACACUUGACAAAGUUUAUACUGGUGCAGUGAUUAGUUGAUUUAAUGUAAAGUGAUACGAGGAAAGUAUGUAUUGUAUUUGAAUGUUUUGACAAAUAAAACACUAAGCAUUAUAGAUA